CAUCACUUGGAUAUCAAACAAUGGAGUCUAACUUGACUAUUGUGAGGCCAGAAUAUUUCAUUAUCAGUGGCUUUUCAGGCAUCCCUCAUGUUAACUACUACUUUUUAUUUUUACUGGUGCUCUACAUCGUGUCAGUGGUGGAAAACGGGGUGGUGAUGGCCUUGAUAUGCUUCGACCAGAGUCUCAAGACUCCAAAGUAUAUUGCUGUGUUUAACUUGGCGUUUGUAGACGUGGUGGGCAGCUCCGCCCUGGUGCCCAAGGUUAUCGACACGUUCUGGUUCGACCACAAGUACAUCUCGUACAGCAACUGCUUAACCUAUUUGUUUUUUUAUUAUGUGAUCCUCACCAUGCAGUCUCUUAAUCUGGCUUUACUCUCCUUUGACAGGCUAGUAGCGAUCACCUUUCCAUUACGCUAUCAGAUCAUUGUGAAUCUGAAGACCAUGUUCUCACUGGUAGCUGCUUGCUGGAUUAUUGCCAUCCUUGUCAACUUGAUAGUUGUAGGGCUUCUAACACGACUGUCCUACUGCAGGUCUGUUGUUAUCAACAGCUAUUUCUGUGACCAUGGGCCGCUCUAUCGACUUGCCUGCAAUGACAAUCGGCCCAAUCAUAUCAUUUCCAUAGUGUUACCAGUUUUAAUUAUUUGGGCUCCAUUGCUCUUUAUCUUGAUAUCUUACAUAUGCAUUGGUGCAGCUUUGGCUAAAAUAGCUGGAGUGCAAGUUAGGAUGAAGGCUUUUAAAACAUGCAGUGCCCAUAUAAUGUUGGUGAUUAUUUAUUACUUACCUAUUCUAGUCACUUUUAGUGUUGCCGCUAAAAUGCCUCGCAAUGCAAGGAUAAUUAGUCUUUCUCUUGCAGCGGUCAUACCUCCAGCUUUGAACCCAUUGAUUUAUGUUCUACAGACUCAGGAAAUCAAACUGUCUCUGAAAAAGGUCUUCAAAAGAAUGAGGCAAUCAAAAAUUUGAUUGAAGUAGAUUAUCAAUAUGUGAUAUUUCAUUUCAGAUAUUGUGUUAUAGUGUGCAUUUUUUGUUAGGCAAAACAUUUGUAAUAGUAGUCUGAACAAUAAUCAGUGAAUUUUUGUAAUGAAAACCUUCUAACUGAAGAAUAAUAACUCAACCCAUUUAAUUUGGAUAAGUUAAUGAAAUGUAAUUUUGUGAGAUCUAUAUGACAAAAAGUUAAAAUGGGAUCUUAAAAGAGCUUAUCGUUGUUGAUAUCAGAUAUUUAUGUGUCCAUGUGCUGCUUUGUCGAAUUGCAUGCAAUAACAUUCAGGCUGAUAAUAUACUUGCCAACAACUGUUAUUCUUUGGGUUCCAUUGCUAUUUAUCUUGAUCACUUAUGUACAUGUGCAUUGGCACAGCUUUGGUAAAGAUAGCCCAAACCCAAGAUAGAAUAAAGACUUUUAAAACCUGCAGAGCUCAAAUUAUGUUGGUGGCCAUUUAUUAACAACCUAUUCUAAUCGCUUUCACAUUACAUGCUAAAAUACCUCCAAAUGUCAGCAUGAUUAAUGUCUCUUGCUGCUGUCCUUCCUCCAGCGUUGAACCGACUCAUUUAUGUUUUACAUACAAAUAGUCUCAAAGAAAUAUUCACAAGAAUAAAACUAACACAAACUGCCAUGAAGAUAUUGUGUUUUAUUGUACAUCCUUUGUUAGCUGUUUGUUGAUUAAAACAAACAAAUAAAUUAAUUCCCCCUCCUUAAGAUCUUGAUUGAACAGAAUGCCCAAAUUAUUCAUUCAAUAUCAUCACAAUUUUCACAUUGAAUACAUGUCGUUUACAUUAAAUCAGGCUGGAACAUGAUUCUGUUUGUGAAACACUGUUCAAACUAUUUGAAAAUAACCAAGGAGCUGUAGUAAUGCGUAAAUAAAGUAAAAUAUAAAGGUGUGUUAUUAUUUUAAAUAGUUACGUGUCACUGUGUAGAGUAAAUUGUCGGAAGUUUGUAUACACAAUAUCUUAUCUAUUCUAAUCUUAUAUAGGGCUUAAAGGGGCCCUAUUAUGCCCUUUUUUAUUGUUUAUUAUUUAAUUAGUUUGACCUCAUAGAAUUGAUUUACAACGAUAAAGGGUUGUCUAGCACAUUAUUUUUUCUCCUACUUUUAUGAGUAUUACAACCCCUAUGUGAAACACCCUGUUGCUUAGAAUUUUGAGGCAUUUAGAAUCUUGGUGCUGACAGGGUGCUGACGUCUCUUCAGGCACUCUGUCACUCUGUCUACUAUGGCUUCAGUGCUACCGUACCAAUUUGAGCCUGAGUCGGACCCCGAAAGCGAUAAUGGAGCUGACGACGCUAAUGACGAGCGCGCUGUUAGUCGUAGAAUGGACCAGGACAUUUCACAGUGGUAAGUUUUUGUUUAGGCUAUAAUAUGCACACGCGAUUCAUCAUGUAUUUAGCCCAGCUUUUCUGACUUAGCUUGCAGCUAGUAUACUACUCGUACUAUUCAAGCAUCCGUAACAAGCUUUUAUGUCCCGACAUGGCAUAUUGUUGACUACUUUUGUCCGUCAAAAUACACUGUUAUAACUUAUAACAUCCCUACUACCUAGGUGCACCUGUGGGAAUUAUGCCACUAUGCCCAACGAAGUGGAGAACGUCUGCUGUAGAGAAAUUCCAAAGGUAAAACGGAUGAGCUUUAGGCUAAGCUACACUUGACGUCCUCUCUAGCGGGUGAUUUCGAACUCCAGAGGCAGAGAUCAAUAGGUAGACGGCGCAGAAAGCCACCCGGGCCUAAGCCCGGGGGGGCUUGAAGUAGAUCACGGUAUUUUCCUCUCACACGCGUUAGAUACAAUUCCCUCCCUUAAGCUUCAGUUACCAUACCGAAACAUGCCGACUUUAUAACGAAUAAAGUGAGUUAAAGCAACCCGGGAUUGGACAACUUUCUUCAAGAAUAUGCAACACUAUCUAUCAACGCAUGUGUCUAGUUUUAAUCUGAUGUAUUUUGUGUAUGUCCAGUCAGACUUCAUGUCUCCCUUGUUCUGUGUGGUCUUGUAGGCUAUACUGUGUGAGCCGAAUCACCUGAAUGAAUUCCCGACGAUGUGUGUCGUUUGGUAUUAAUAAAGACUUGACUAGGCUAUCUAUCUAUCUAGGCUAUUAAUUAACAAUUAUUCACGGAGCCUGAGGUGAAUAAUUGUUAAUUAAAUGUUUUAGGAUAUGCUACACGUGAACACUCCAAAAGUAAACAAGAUAACACUUUUUGCAGGGAUUUAUUUGUUUUUAUUAGCGGGUUAUUUGUUGUUAUUAGCGGACAUUUUGCGAUGAAAACAAUAUCGAGUUUGAGAUGUCAAUCAUGGGAUAUUGUCCAAUAUCCUGAGAUAGCGAACCAGUCAAAUUGCGCCAUCUUAGGAGGUUCUCGUGAAGCAUAUACUAACUAUAUAUAUUAUCUUUGUAUUUAUCUAUGUAUCUGUAUAAUCUGCUGAACACUCUCUUGCUAGUCUCUACUCUCAAGGGUCUCAAUGCGGCUUUUGUCCGUGUCUCCCCAACGUGACGUCAUGCAAUGCAUUCUGGGGGAAAUGAGAAUCAAUAGCAAACCGCUAAAAUAGUACCUACUUUUUCUAUUACAUUCCGUUUUGUGAUACCUAACAACAUUACGUACAAUAAACAACAUUUUAAAUCUUUAUUACCAACAAGCAAAUUUGCACAAAUUUGCACACUUGCACAAAUUUGUUGGAAAAUAAACCCUGCAAC